UGUAUAAGAGGUAGAGAGAGAGAAUGCUUUUGUGUCUUAGAGAGUGUGUGUGUAUGUUCUACAUCAGCCUGUGAAUAUGGCGGACGCGUUUCUGAAGGAGCAAGACUCGUUCUUUUGUCCCAUCUGUCUGGACCUGCUGAGGGACCCGGUGGCCAUUCCCUGUGGACACAACUACUGCAUGGGCUGCAUCAGCAGCUACUGGAACCAGGAUGAGCAGAGAGGCUGCUACAGCUGCCCCCAGUGCAGACAGACGUCCCCACAGAGACCUGUGCUCAACAAGAACCCCCUGAUCGCUCAGCUGGUGGACAGGGUGAGGGCCAAACUGACAGCAGCUUCAUCCGCCCACCGUUGCUUUCAUCCUGGACACGUAAAGUGUGAGUUUCGCUCUGGGGACAAGCGCAGGUCUGUCAGACGCUGUGCAGCAGAUGCAAGCUCAUCAGACUCUGCAUCUGGUUGCUGCGCGUCUGGAGAAGUUAGACCAGAAGGUCAACAUGAGGGGCUGGAUGCAGUGGAGCAGCUGAGAGACAUCUGCUCUCACAGCCAGAAGCUUCUGGACAUGUUCUGUCACUCCCAGCAGCAGUGUCUCUGCUAUCCGAGUUCAACGGACGAACACACAGGCCUCCAGGUAGGAACGACGACUGCAGAGACGACAGGUAAACAGAGGCACUUCCAUAAAUACCAUGCCAAAUCCCAUCAGAGGAUCCAGGAGAGAGAGAAGGAGCUGCAGGAGCUGAGGAAGGCUGUAGAGACUCUCAAGCUAUCUGCCCAGGCAGCUGUGGAGAAGAGUGAAAGGAUCUACAGUGACCUCCUGCGCUCCAUAGAGAGGAGAGCUGAGGAGAAGGCCAAGCUGCAGCAGGCUGAGGAGCUCCUGAGGAGGCUGCAGGAGGAGAUCGAGGUGCUGAGGAAGGAGCCUCGUCUGGGCCAGCGCUCCCUCUCACACCACACAACACACCUCCCUCAGAGUUCUCAGUCUGUGUGUGACCCUCGUGGAAGUAAAGGUGCUCCCACCAUCAUGGUCAACCAGCACUUUGCCUUUGAUGAGGUGAAGCAGUCUGUCACUGACCUGAGAGAAAGACUGGACAACUUUUUGAUCAAAGUUCAGAGUGUUCUGCCUCCUGAACCUGAGACCAGAGAUGAGUUCUUGCAAUACUCCCGUCCUCUAACUUUGGACCCAAACACGGUGCACAGGGAGCUCUGCCUGUCUGAGGGCAACAGGAGGGUGACGCACUGUGAUGAGUACCAGUCCUACCCCUCCCACCCCGAGCGCUUCGACGGCUGGGAGCAGGUGCUGUGCAGAGAGGGGGCGUCUGGACGCUGCUACUGGGAGGUGGAGUGGAGCGGGGAGGAGGUCUCCAUCGCCGUCUCCUACAAAGACAUCAGCAGGAAGGGACACGGCCAUGAGUGUGGCUUUGGGAGCAACGACCAGUCCUGGAGUCUGGACUGCUCCAAGUCUGCUUUGUCCUUCAGACACGAUAACAAGGAGACAGAACUUCCUCGAGCACCCAGCUCCUACAGAAUAGGAGUGUAUGUGGAUCACAGGGCAGGAACUCUGGCCUUUUACAGUAUGUCUGACACAAUAACCCUCCUGCACAGAGUCCAGACCACAUUCAUUCACACACUCUACCCUGGGUUUUGGCUUGGGUUUAAUUUUCAUCAUGGUCAGUCAUCAGUCAAACUCCUCUGAACCACAGCUCAGACUAAUAAAACAUAAGGGAUGUGUGUAGUAACUCAGUGAACAACAGACAACCAGACAGAUGCUGAUGCUGGUUUGUCACAAAUCUGGCCCUGAUCAAAACGGUUGCCAAAUAUCAGCACACCCAGGACCACAUGUUUUUCAGAACACCAUUAAAUCAGUCUCAGGAAAGGCUCAUCAGACAUCGUAAUCAAAUGCUUUAAUAGUUAAUAUAUCCCAGAACUUUACUCUUACAUGUGCUAGCACAGUAAAAUACUCUCAAUACAAAGAUGUGCACACACACACACACACGCGCGCACACACACGCAAACACACACACACACACAAAAACACACUUUCAGAGGUGGAUCAGUCAUACUGUGUGUCCUGCAAUAAUGUUACGAAAUAAAAUGUACCUACUAUAAAACUUACAUUUGCAAAAUAGUACCAGUUAUUCACAAAAAAUAAAUAAAAAACCUGAUGCACAACAUUUUAAAACAAUUCAUUUAAGUAUUUUAAUGUGCCAAAUAGCUACAUGCAUGCAAUGACAACGGUAACAUUAAAGCCAGCCAUUGUCAAGUUUUA